AUGGUAAAAACUAAUGCUCCUGGUACACUGUCAAAAGGAAGCAUGCUGACGCCGACAUCAUCUAAUCAAGCUAAUAAGGUUCAGGCCGGAUCGCCAUCUACACUUACUCCUGUUCCAGCUUCUCCAAACAUGACAGCUCCUCCUUUACGCCCUUCACUUCAUCCCUCUAAGACUGAAACGAAGCUUCGUGGUAGACAAUCUAAGAAGGUAAAUACUGGGCCAGCAUCGUGGAUUAGAAGUGCUUCGACAUCAAGCAUGCGCAGAUUAAGAAAUCAUGCUAAUAAGAGUCAAACACGUUCCACUCCUCAUUCACCAUCAAGGUUGGCUUCCUCAAAGAACGCAGAUGAUAAGAUCCCAUCACCUUCUUCGGCUCGUCAUAGUUCUUCCGUGGAAAGAAAUACUCCUUCAAAACCAACUAAUAUUCAAAUGCAAAAUAAUUAUAAUACUAAUUCAAAGGACUUACCCGUUGGAGAAUCUUUGGAUGAUCUAGACGAAGAUGAUAUAGUGUUUGAUGUUUUGCCAUCCUUUGAAAUGUACAAUGCUCUUCACAGACAUAUUCCUCAAGGUAAUGUAAACCCAGAUCUUCAUGAUUUCCCUCCAAGUUAUGGAGAAAUUCAGCAAGGAAUGGCAACCACUGCAUACAUUGAGAAUAAUGUUGAUCUUACUACCUAUCCUUUACAGCAACCUCCAUUGGCUCACCACAGUAAUAGUGGCCACGAUAUUCAUAUUACGCCAUCGUAUGCGUUAAACGCAUUGCAUCCGUUAAACACACAGCAUUUGACCAUUCAACCGACAAAUGAUCCUAGUGUUGAUCAUAUUGACACACCAUUUCAAGACGAUUUAAAUGAGUCUGAUAAUCUUUUUAUCGAUAAACUAUAUACACUCCCCAAGAUUGAUACACCCGUGGAAAUCGAAAUAAAAAUUACGAAGCACGCAGGCUCUCCACAUACUAAACCAGAGGAGGAAUCCAUAUUGAAAGAAUAUACAUCCGGUGAUAUUAUCCAUGGAUAUUGUAUUAUUGAGAAUAAGUCUUCAAAGGCACUUCCGUUUGAAAUGUUUUAUGUGACAUUGGAAGCAUACACUUCAGUCAUUGACAAAACAAAGGGGAAAAGGACAGUGAAAAGAUUUUUAAGAAUGGUAGAUUUAAGUGCGUCUUGGUCAUAUACCAACAUUUUCAUGGGAACAGGUUGGAAAAUGACCCCAGGUGAAAUUGAUUUUGAUAAUGCAGUUAUUGGAUUGCGUAAUAGUAGAAUUCUGGAACCGGGCACAAGAUACAAGAAAUAUUUUAUGUUUAAGCUACCCAAUCAGUUAUUAGAUACCACUUGCAAGCAAGAACAUUUCUCACAUUGUCUUUUACCUCCAAGUUUUGGAAUAGAUAAGUACAGAAAUGGAUGCAAAUAUUCCGGAAUAAAAGUUAAUAAUGUGUUAGGAUCUGGUCAUCUGGGCACAAAAGGUUCUCCCAUUUUAACUUAUGAUAUGGUGGAUGAUAAUCUUUCAGUUAAUUAUACAGUUGAUACAAGGGUAGUUGGGAAGGAUCCAAAGAAUAAACAGAGAAUUGUUAUCAUGAGAGAAAGAGAAUAUAAUCUAAGAGUCAUCCCAUUUGGUUUUGGAUCGGCAUUGGUUGGUGAGCGUGGCUGUUCUACUCAAUUAAAGGAUUUGAUAGCAUUAAUUCAAGAGAGAUUAAGCGCAGUAGACAAAAUAUUCAAACGAUUAGAAAAGAAUGAACCUAUAACGAGCGCGGAUAUCCAUGGAAGUGAUAUCACAGGCACAGUGGAUGCAAACACAGAAUUAGAUUCAGGUGAAAUAUUAACCAGGAAAUUAGAUCAAUUGCAUGUUCAUAAUAGGAUGGAUGGACCAUACAAAUAUUCCGAUAUAUCUGACUUCAAAGGUCUGACACAGAAGACUGAUGAAAUGGUAGAAUCUGAGUUGAACUACAGGAUAAAGGGGAAGUCAAAAUCAGGUUCCAGAAUAGGAUUAUUUGCAGGUUUCCAGGCUGCAUUGACAGGAUCAUCAUCCUCAUCAUCAGGACCGAUGGCAGAUUCCUCCUCGCAUGACCUAGCUGAAGCUAAGGUAGACAAGUUGGGUAUGAUUCUGGCAACAGCUACCAUUCCACAGAAGAGUCUCCCAUAUUGGGCUCCCUCACUUCUAAAGAAAACAAACGUUUUCGAGAAGAAGACUAAGCAUGCGCAAGAGAAUUGGAUGCGUCUGCUAAAUUUAUUACCUGAAGAGGAGAGAACUCCACUGACGAAAUUAGAUAUCCACUUGACAUGUAUCCAGUCGAAUAAUAGUGUGCCACAUGAACCUGCUGAGAUCCAAGCUAUUACCACCGAACUAUUCUGCAUCACUGUUAGAUCUGAUAAUUCCAUUCCAAUCAAGCUGAAUGCUCAAAACCUUAUGGAUGAAGAUAAAUUGGAUAAUAUGAGGAAAACUUUCCAAAGUUUCCAAAAGACAAUUCAAAAAUAUCAAAGGAAAUUUAGGGAUAAUUUUGAAAAAUUGAAUGAGUUAUAUAACGUUGACAGGACAGUGGCUACUUCCAGAGAAUUGAAAUUUUCCAAUUUUAUUACUCAACAGAUAUAUAACGAUGUGGAAAGUUUGGCCAAUCUCAACGUUAAAGUGACUGGUUUGCCCGAAGUUUUCAAGAAACAAUUGAACACGUUGAAGUCGGAUAGUGCAUUAGUCAGUUCGUUAACAGGGUCCACAUUGAAACCUAGUACCAGUGGCGAAAACAGUUCUAAUGCAAUUCCAAUUGUUAAUGCUAAAGGUGGUCUUUCCUCUUCAACGUCACUUAUAUCUCGUGCAUCCACGUCGAAUAGAUUUCAUGAUCAAAUAAUUCGUUCGUGGAAGAAGAAAUCAGAUUUACAAUAUGAUAGGGACGUCAAUGUCAAUCUUGAAUUUAACCAAAAUUUAAUUCAAACUUUAGUUCCAAGUUUUGAAAGUUGUUUGUGUUGUAGAUUUUACUGUGUGCGUGUCAAUAUCAAAUUUCAUCAUAUUGGUACAGUCACAAUAGAUGUCCCCAUAUCAGUGAAAAAUUUCGUUCCCUGA